GCACACAUGUUUAGAUAGUUACAAUUUACCGUACUAUAUAUAUGAAGAACUUGCAUGCUUGACAUCCUCAUGAGAUUAAGAGUUCUUCGGAAGGGAUGGGAAAUUUCAGAAUGCCUUGGCUCCUGACCAUAAUUGUUCUCAUUUUCACAUUUCACAAUUUCUCAGAGGCUAAGCAUAAUAAUAAUCACCCCUCGGCAGUUGUUGUCGGCACUGUUUACUGCGACACUUGCUUCCAACAAGAUUUCCCCAAAACCAGCCACUUCAUUUCAGGAGCCUUGGUUGCAGUAGAAUGUGGAGGAACAAGUUCAAAUCCCACUUUCCAUGAGGAAGUGAAAACAAAUGAACAUGGAGAAUUCAGAGUCCAUCUACCUUUCUCGGUAUCCAAACAUGUCAAGAAAAUCAAGCGAUGUUCAGUGAAGCUAAUCAGCAGCAGCGAGCCGUAUUGUUCCAUAGCCUCAACGGCAACAACUUCAUCUUCACUCCAUCUGAAAUCAAGAACCAAAGGAACUCACAUUUUCUCGGCUGGUUUUUUCACAUUCAAGCCUCUAAAACAGCCAACACUGUGUAACCAAAAACCAAGUACUCACAAUUCCAAGGAAUUCAAUUCCGGGGAAUUCUCAACUCCAGGUCCUGGAAUUCCAAAUUUCAAACCAGCUACUAAAGACCCUUCGGAAAUAUCUGAAGUGUCAAAUGGAACUGUAGCCUCACAAAUCUGUUUCCCUCCAAUACCACGAAUUCCAGGACUGCCACCAUUUCCAUUUCAGCCACCACAUUCACUAAUACCUCCUAACCCUUUGCAGCCACCGCCUUCACAAAUCUGUUUCCCUCCAAUACCACGAAUUCCAGGACUGCCACCAUUUCCAUUUCAGCCACCACCUUCACUAAUACCUCCUAACCCUUUGCAGCCACAGCCUCCACAUAUUUGUUUCCCACCAAUACCACGAAUUCCAGGACUGCCACCAUUUCCAUUUCAGCCACCACCUUCCAUGCUGCCUCCUAACCCUCUGCAACCGCCGCCUUCAGUAAUACCUCCUAACCCUUUGCAGCCUCCUAACCCAUUGCAACCUCCGUCUUCACUAAUACCUCCUAACCCUUUGCAGCCACCGCCUUCAGUAAUACCUCCUAACCCUUUGCAGCCUCCUAACCCAUUGCAACCUCCGCCUUCACUAAUACCUCCUAACCCCUUGCAGCCACCGCCUUCAAUAGUACCUCCUAACCCUUUGCAGCCUCCUAACCCAUUGCAACCUCCGCCUUCACUAAUACCUCCUAACCCUUUGCAGCCACCGCCUUCACUAAUACCUCCUAACCCUUUGCAGCCACCACCUUCAAUAGUACCUCCUAACCCUUUGCAGCCUCCUAACCCAUUUCAACCUCCUCCUUCAUUAAUACCUCCUAACCCUUUGCAGCCACCGCCUUCACUAAUACCUCCUAACCCUUUGCAGCCACCGCCUUCAAUAGUAUCUCCUAUCCCUUUGCAGCCUCCUAACCCAUUGCAACCUCCUCCUUCACUAAUACCUCCUAACCCUUUGCAGCCACCGCCUUCAAUAGUAUCUCCUAACCCUUUGCAGCCUCCUAACCCAUUGCAACCUCCUCCUUCACUAAUACCUCCUAACCCUUUGCAGCCACCGCCUUCACUAAUACCUCCUAACCCUUUGCAGCCACCGCCUUCAAUAGUCCCUACGAACCCAUUUAGCCACCCCCUUCACUGCCAUCGAUAUUUCCUCCGAACCCCUACCCACCAGUGCCAGGGUCCACCAUCCCCUAGCAUUCCACCACCCUCUCCUUUAACGAAAACCUAUCUUGAUUAAAAUAGAGUCUGUCUGACUAUAAUUUCCUAAUAAUAAGCCUUCGUUUUGUUUGUUUUAGAUUUCGUCCUUUGGGUUGCGAUAAAAUGUCCUUGGGACUUUUUAGGAAUAGAUAGUUCUAUGUAUUGGAUGUUUAUGAUUCGUAUGCAGCAUAUUUGUACAAGUGAAUAAAGAUGAACUGGUUCACUUUUAAGACUUAUGGGCUUCUAAUAAAACAUCAAUGAGUAAUCACUUCCACAACAUGGCAUUGAUGCGAACUGGACCUAGUCCAACUU